AUGAAGUGUGCUUACGUCGCUCUUGCUCUCUCCCUUGCUGGCGCCGCCUUUGCCACUCCUGCUGUAGAGGCCACAACCUACCCCUACAGCAUCGGCUACAUUUCCCUUAAGCACCUUAUCGAGAGCGACAUCUGGGACAUGACCUGGUCCGUCACAUCCAGAGACAAGACUGACGCAGCCACUGGCAGCACCACGUGCCACACUGCUUGGAACAAUGGCUCUAUUCCUGUUGGUCCCAAGACCCCCGAGCCUUGCGCCAACGCUGCCUACCACUACAGGUUCCCCACUGGUGCCUACGAUGUUGAGAGCUACGAGCUCGUCAUCGAAGGCCCCGGCGGCUCUGCCACCACCAAGAUUGAGGCUGGCUACAAGUACCAGUGUGGCCCUUACUCGGGCACUCUUACCAACAUUGACAAGGAGUGCAAGACUAUCAAUGGUGGUGAAUUUUACCUAAACCAGUAA